AUGUCCUCCGUCCACGACUACAACAGGGCCGAGGUCCCCGGAAGAUCGGCGCGGGCGUCGUCCACCAGGGGCGUGCGCAAGGCGUUCUCGUGGCAGGCGGUCAGCUGGACGUGGCCCGAGCAGCCGGCCGCCGCCGACGCCUUGCGGGCCGGCUACACGCCGCACACCAACCUGCCGCACGGCCUCGAGGUGUGGCGCUACCGCCUCUUCCUGACCGUGCCGCGCCGCAAGGCCGGCGUGCCCGCCACGCUGGGAUACGUCACCGUACACACUGCCUGUGCCCACAGGUACUACCUGCGGAGAGACGACUUCGACGCGACGUCGUUCUUCGCCAGUAUCGCGGUGGAUGUUGAGGCGGGCCACUGUGGCGAGGCGUUCGCCUACCUGCCGGACCUGGGCUCCUCGGCGCUGGUCGUCUUCAGCCUGUCCGACCGCAGCUCGCGCCGCCUGCGCCACAACUUCUUCCGCAUGGACCCGCUGUACGGCGACUUCGACAUUGCGGGAUUCAACUACCAGCUCGCCGAUGGCAUCUUCUCAGUGGCGCUUUCCGCGCCAGACCCCGAGGACGACGGCUACCGCACCGCCUUCUUCCACGCUCUCUGCUCUUCCAGAGAAUUUGCCGUCUCGUCUCGAUGGCUCAGGAAAAGCACGGCCGCUGGCACCACCUCGUGGUUCCGGUCGUUCCAGCCAGUGGGCAGCCGCGGGGACAGCGGCCAGUCCACAGGCAGCUUCCUGGACGAGCGAACAGGCGUGCUCUUCAUGAUGGAGGUGCUCAACCACCGCGUGACCUGCUGGAACACGCGCUCCGGGCUCCCCAUGGACGCAGAAACCAUAGGUGUCGUCGCCGAGGACGACGGUACCUCGUUCAUCUACCCCAGUGACGUUAAGGUGGAUGCUUCUCGAAACGAGCUGUGGUUCCUGACGAAUGUGUACCCGGUGCUGCUGCUGGGCCGUAUCAACACGACGGAGUACAACUACCACGUUUUCACUGGCGCGGUAGACGAUGUGGUGCGAGACACGCCUUGCGAGCCUGCGCGUGACGCCACGGGCAGCGGACACUGGCGGCGCUACCAGGCGGAAGCCGCGUCCCCCGUGUCUCCCAGCCUCGUCAUGGAGGCGGCGGGGCCGCAGUAACACCAGCUGGCGACGACGCUGCUCCGACAGGUGGUCGCCAACUGCAUCCACCUGUGUCCGCCAGCCUCGUCGUGGAGGCGACGCGACCCCAGUAACGACGGGAGGGGAGCUUCAACAGGUGUUCGGCAACACUGUGUCUCCCAGACUCAUCAUGGAGCCUGUAGCAUAGGCUCCCGCCAACUGUGCCCCAAAGAGUGGCCUGCAACACGUGGUCGGAGCCAGUGACGAAGAGUGCAUACUAGAGGGUGAUUUUUAUUAACAUUUAAAUACACACAAAGCGACGUAUAUGGUCCUGAGAGCCCCAUAUGGGGCUGCAAAUUUCGGAAAAAACCACAAAAGUGGACGACAAACAUUGAACAUGUGACUUCACCAAGUCACGUACCUCGCAGCAGCUGGUCUUAUCGAUCCUGCUCUCACUGGCAGGGGGCAGUGCUACACACCGCUCCGCUAGACUGCUCUGUUUUCGUAAAUGUAAACCGAUUCAUCGUAGUCUUGUACCGCGAGCACUAUCGUAUCAUCAAAUAAUGCAAGAACGAAAGCAGAGUAGACUAACGGAGUGAUGAAAUGCACAGCCCCUACCGAUGAAGGAAGGAUCGACAAGUCCAAGGGCUGCACCUGCGGCGUCAUACGUCACAUGGUAAACUUAAAUGUCGUAUGACUAGGGCGUCCCGUCGGGUAGACCGUUUGCCGGGUGCAAGUCUCGAUUUGUCGCCACUUCGGCGACUUGCACGUCGAUGGGGAUGAAAUGAUGAUGAUGAGGGCAACACAACACCCAGUCUCUGAGAGGCGAAAAUCUCCGACUCAGCCGGGAAUGGAACCCUGGCCCUUAGGAUUCAAAUUCUGUUGCGUUAACCACUCAGCUACCGGGGUAGACUACGUCACCUGGUGAUAUCUCUUGUUCAACACUUGUCAUCAACUUUUGGGGUGUUUCCUGACGUUUGUGGCCCCAUGUGUCUUAGCGUCAUCUACAUCGCUGUUGUGGUUUUUAAGCGUUAAUAACAAUCACACUGCGUAUAAGCACAUUGGACUGGACUGUCAGUCAGACACAAUGACAAGCAUGUAAUGCUACAAACACACGGCAGACAAGCGUGUGAACGACUCAUCAAGCCUCCUUACAGUGCCUUAAAUCUGGUGUUUAGCCUGAUCAGAGUUUACAAGGUUAAAUCGAUCCUUCUCAUUCUGCUGGACAUAACAAUAUUCGUAAAUUAAGAGAAAAAAAUUUUGGUUCUCCUACAGUAUUAGUCUGUGGUGGCCUCCUAAGCCAAAACCAAUUAGCUAAAUAAAUAGAUUCUAUAGGAUAUCCACAGUGUUAUGGUUUCCAUUCAUACUGUCUCCAAUGGUAAGUAACUGCUGAAACCAUGUGUUUUUGGUUGUGCCCUUCUGAUUGUAGAUUGGCAGAAAACUACUUAGCUAUGAACGGCAGUGAGGAAAUACAACUAUUGUGUUGACACAGGCUAGAUAUCAGAGACAUUUUUGUGGUGAUAUGGAUAUUCGUUUGGUGAUAAGGACAUUUUUUGUGGUGAUAAGUGCUUACAAAAUUAUAUCAACAUAUACUUAUAUGUAUGU